AUGCUCCGAAUUUGCGAUGCACGCCGUCGGUUCGUCUGGACCUUAUGGGGACUCAUUUGCAUGACUGUCAUCACCGCCAUCAUCUUCAUCCUCGCCACGGCGAACGUUUGCCAUCCGAUAACAACAUUGUGGGGAGAAACGACGCAUGGAUACUGUAACACAAAACUCAACAGUAGUGUUGGGUUCUUCUUCUCUGCUGUUUCGAUUAUCGUAGACUGGACGCUGGCUAUUCUUCCUGGUCUCUUGCUGUGGAAUAUACAGAUGAAGAAUAGGGUCAAGUUCCCGGUUAUUGUCAUGCUUGGUCUUGGUGCUUUUGCCAGUUGCGCCACCGUCGUCCGACUCGGCUACCUCACACUCUACAACAACCCCGAAGAAUUCAUGUACAGCACCGGCGCAAUCGGCCUCUGGUCUAUUGUCGAAGAGGGCAUCGGAAUCAUCGCCGGCUCAAUGCCUGCCCUUCGUCCACUUCUCAACCUCCCCGUGUUCCGCAGCACGUACGCCAGCAACACGGGGUCCAACGGAAUCUCGAGUCGAAUGAACCCACCUCAUGUCUCUGGCAACAAACAUACCCGGAUCGUUUCAGAUAAUCGAAAGUCAAGUUUAGAGUUGAAUGAUUUUCGAUCGGGCAUGACAACACGAGUGGGUUAUGGUAAUGACGAUAAGAUUAGGCAGAGUAUUGAUGAUGGAGAUAGUCAGAAGUACAUCUUGAAGCAAACGCGUGUUGUGAUGACGACCGAGCAAACAUAG